UGACUGCCCGGGGUGAUAAGGCGAAGCAGGAGCCUGGCGGAGGUGGCUCUGACUUCCUGAUCUGAGUGUGCUUGUGCUGGGAGAGCUCAGAAGUGGCAUUGUCCUUACACUCCUCAUCUUUUUGUGGGGUUUGGCACCUCCUGCCUCUCCCUGACCUACCUGCGCUGCCUGUCAGUCUGAGUGACAGCCCUCCGCAGGGAGCAGGCUAUAAGAGGGUGACAGCUCCGUGCCUUGGACUACCAGGAGGAUUCUGAGCUUCGGGUUGCCUUAUCCCUGCUGAGUGUGUUUGCUAAGAGAAAAACUUCCUGGCAUGGCUCAUGGGAAGGCCUUAAAUCAUGAACUUUCUAAACUUUUCAAUGAGAUGUGGGAUAUGGAUGUUAACCGCCUUAUGCCUGGGAAAGACUACACUAUUGAUUUGCAGGGAAAAGCAGGUGCCGCACAGCAAGAUGACAGUGCUGUGCAGGACAGCGCAGCCAGACGGCUGUUUCAUAGCGUGAAUGAAGAACGCCUGAAGAGCAUAAAAACUUUUGCAGCCUUUAUUUCCUUGUUGGACAACUAUGAGACAUCAACUGGUGUAGCAGAAGUAGUGACUCAGGAAGAAAUAGCGGAAAACAAUUGCUUUCUUGAUGCUAUCUUAGAAACAGAAGUCAUGAAACUAGCUCAUGAAUAUCUGCUUAAAAAAAAACUAGCAAAGGCAAACCUUACCGAUUUCAAAUAUCAGCUCUAUGACAUCUGGUUCCAGCUCUAUGCCAGGAAAGAAGGAGACAGACCUGAUUCUUGUGGUUUUGAACACGUUUUUGUUGGAGAAACAAGGCGUGGUAAACAGAUCUUAGGUUUGCACAACUGGGUGCAAUUUUACCUUCAGGAAAAGCGCAAUCAAAUUGACUACAAGGGAUAUGUCACUCGGAAGAACAAAACCAGGCCUGACAAAGACGACCAAGUUUUGAGCAUCCAGUUCAGCUGGAAGGGCUCGGUCAAGCCCAUUGGAAGCACCUUUAUUGGUGUCAGCCCGGAGUUUGAAUUUGCCCUUUAUACUAUCAUUUUCCUGCUGGCUGAGGAAAGAGUCACACGUGAAACAGUGAAGAUAGAGGAAUAUGAGCUACAGAUCGUUGUAUGCCGCCAUGGGCACCACAUUGGAACAGCAUAUCCAGUACUCCUGAGCACCAGUAGUGAAGAUUAGUAGCUAGAGCGAUCAGGCAUUUUUAUUUUUUUUUGGGGGCGGUGGGGGAGAUGGGUGGAACAGGACACACAGGACCAAACAGUACAGUAAGCUGUACUGUCAUGUGUUGUUUUAUACAACUUUUUUCAAAUAAAAACUGAUUACUCGC